UUAUGCGGAAGUCAACUAAGAAAGAUGUUACGAAUGGUUGGAGAAAUCUAAAUCGAUCGUUUCUCUAUAAUAAAACAUUAUGAUCGAUAAGAAAAAGUGGAAAUUUAGGUCUGAUGUCGUGGUUGAAAUAAUAAAACCUCUAAUCCAUCUUCUGUCUAAAAAAUGGCAGGCAGGGAAGCAUUUUUAGGAGCGAUUUCUGAAGCGUGGAAUCUAAGAGCCUACUCGAGUGCACAGAAGUUGGUUCUGCUCUUCUCGGUAACAAUCUUGUUAUCGUGGAUAACAUCUGUUUGGACGUUGCCUCUAGUUGUUUUAAUUUCAUUUGUUACAGCUGUUCAACUUUCAAGCCAAAUAUUGCACAAUAAAAAGGCUUCACUAGUGACAGAGCAAAUAUUUGUAAAACUUGAAUCUGUCUAUGUUGAAUAUUUAACUAAUUUUAAAUAUGUAUUUCAACCACAAAGUGGCAAAAGUAGUAAUUCAUCAUCACUGCUAGUUUGUAAUGAUCAUCCAUCACCAGUACAAAUGUCGAAUGAUGUAUGCUCAUGGUCAGAGGAAAUAAAUUCUAUACAGUUGUUGAUUAUCCGUGACUUUUUUGAGUCAUGGUAUCAUCCCCAUUUUUCAUAUGAUGGUCAGUUUUUGAAGGAAGUCAGGCAGCUAGUCCAGCAAGCCUUUAAAGAUUUGGUGCAGCAUUUAUCUCAGCAAAAUUCAAAGAUCACAUUAAUGAAAAUAAUACAACAAUAUCACAUCCACUUCAUUAGUUAUCAGAAAGCUAAAAAAACAUUUGAAAGUCAUAAAAUACACCCCAAGACAAAAGUUGUGCAAAAUGAUAGAUUUAAGAGACAUUCAUCUAUUGAUGAUGCAUUUGAAACUGUAGCAUCUGUACAUAAUGCACUAGAAUCAGAAAAGCAUGAGUUGAAUUAUUUGAAGGGUGUUGUGUCUGUUUUAGUUUUAUCUGUAUUUAGUGAACAAAUAGUAGAGGGUCCCUGUGUGCGAACAUUGCUUGUUGAAAUCCUUGCAGCCAACAUUAUGCUUCCAAUAAUGCAGUUGUUGUCUAACCCUGAUUGGUUAAUGGAAGUUAUCAUUCAAAUUACUUCAGAUGAACAUUUUGAACCAAAUAACUUAAGUGCCACUGUUGAUAAUAUGAUUAGUGCACAAAGUGAAUGUAUUCAUGUCAAUUUUGAUGAUGAAAGCAAACCAACCGCAGCCUCUGCAGAAACCGGUUUUGUUAAAGAUGAUAUGUGUGAUAAUUAUGAUGAAGUUAAGGAACUUGUUAACCCCGAUUCAUUUGAAAAAUCUCACCUUCUAGAAACUGCCUUAGUUGAUUCAACACCUUCCUGGUCAAAUUUGGAUCAAAUAAACUUGGUGCUUGACUCAACAGGCUCUGUUUUAUCUAGGCUAGACUGUGAUACUGCUGCACUGGAUGUUGAAGAAUCUGAUAAACUUACUGAUAUCCCUCAUGCUACCUCAAGCUCCCCUGAUGAUGAUAAGCCUAAAGAUGAUUGCGAAGAUGACGAUGAUGGCUGCUCAUUGAAAGAAGAUUCUGAAUCAACAGCUGAUUCAUGUGCCAUUAAUGAUUUCUUAGCUGACCAACAGUCCAGCACUACCACAGAGGUCAGUGCCCUCUCAGCCUCAACAGAAUCCACUUCUGAAGUCAUGUCAAGUUCAUUUUCCAAAUUGUCAUCACUUAAAAAUUUUUUCGUUGAUCAACUGAAGCCACAAAGCAUAAAGAAGCCCAAAAGUUUGUCCUUGACCUCAACAAAGUUAAAGGCGACCUCAAUAAAGUUAAAGGGGAAUGCAGAUGGUGGCCAAAAUCCACCACAACUGCUUGUUGACGGAAUUCCUUUAGACGCCCCAGCUUUACAAGCUGGUAGGUCAGGCAUCAGUCAGCAGUGUAGCCCUACACUGAGUGAUACUGAGCAAACACCCAGCCCAGGGUUCUUGUAUAAUAGCUGCUCUUCAUUGUCUCCACUUCAUGAACCCAUCAGUCAACAGAGCAGCAUUGAACUAUCUGAGGAAUCUCCAUGCCCCACGCCUUCUCCCAGCACACAACACCUGGAGUUUAAUGUGGCUGAUGACGCAGUCAUCAAGGAUAGUGACAAUCGGAUAUUCCAAGACAUUUCUAUUCCAAAGACAAUGACCAACACAGAAUUUCGUAGCACAACACAGUAUUCUUUGUACAUAAUUGAGUAUGAGGCUCUCUACUUCAGUGAAGGGAACCCAGUGAUCCGAUCUGGUUUGGUCAAGAGAAGGUACAGAGAGUUUAUUAACCUGCACUCCAGGCUAGAGGGCAACCAGAGCUACAGAAAACACUUGAAAAAGAUUCGUGGCCCUAAGCGAUGGCCAUCUUUUCCCUUCAAGUCUGUUGACAAAGAAACUGUUGAAUCUAGAAGAAUUUUUCUUGAAAAAUACUUGAAGGAUCUGAUUGAAGUAGAAGCCAUCUGCCUUGGACCCGACCUGAGAGAGUUCUUGGCCUAUGAAGGAGAUUCACAUAUUGCUUUUGUCAACAAGUCCCCUGACAUCACAGUACCCAGAUUUGAUAAGAUGUUGAUGCGGGGCGUGUCAGGGGUUGUGGACAGGAUCAAGGCUCUACCCAAUAUCCCACAGGAAGUGAUGUCAGGGUUUCGGUCACGUGACACACCAGACCACAAACACCCUCAGAGUGACUCAGACGCCAUAGAUUUUAUAUCAGAGUUCUCUCCUCAAGGGGUGAAUGAAAAUAGCAACAACAUGUGCGAGAGUUUCAAACAACUGCUGCGGGAUUUUGUCUCUGAUGAAGACAAAGAACUUUUUUCUGUAUCUGACGUCAUCACUGAUUAUAUGAUGGCUGAACAAACAAAAGAAGUUUACAAACAGGAAGUUGACAAAAUUCGAGCUCAAUUACCCACCACAGACCAAUCAGCAUCAAGUGAACUUGGUCUUAGCUAUGCUGUCCUUGACCUUUUGAUCCAAGGUCUUCAAGGUCAAGACCAUUGGAUGUGCAGGGACAGGGUAGUCAAGUCAAUACAGUCAGUUCUUAGCAAGGCAUUUAACAGGUACCUGGAGUCUUCCCUGGAGGGCCUUCUGACAGAAUCUCAACUAGCUUUUUACCUGCGGCAUCUGAGGGAGACCAUUUGGCCACAAGGUCAGCUGAGGUCAAGGACAGGGUCAGUACUAUCAGAAGAAGAGAGACAAGAUUUGAAACUUCAGGCCAAGAGAUGUCUGCUCCAAUUUUUUCCAGAAAGUUUGAGAUAUAUUGUUGGAAAAAAAGACUUUGAGAUGAUGAUUGAGCAAUUUUUAUGUAGCAUAGAAAGUGAACAACUCAACAAACAUUUUUGGUACAACAGCCUAGAUUUGCUUGUCUGUGAGCUGUUUCCUGAGGUCAAAGGUCAGGAGAUGCUGCAGAAUCUACUCUUCUGCAAGUCAUGGAAAAGAUGACCCCAGUGGCCUACUAUGUUUUGAUCAACUUUUAUGCAAGGGAGAGCAGCCAAAGAGAUUCAUUCUCUGUUACUAUUUAUAGCUACAUGUAGAAUGUGAUAAAUGCCAUCCUAUUAUGGAAUUUUUUUUUAACAUUUUUUAAAAAUUCACUUCAGCAUUUUAUUCCACAUACACCUCAGUUUUUCAAACAGAAAAUUCCUCUUCGUCACAUACUUAUUUUUUAAAAGUUUUGUUAAUUUAAAAGAGAAUUAACCAACUUUUCAAUAUUUAAAAAAAUAAAUAUUUAAGACAAGAAAAUUUUCCAGAAGUUAUUUUUACCUCGGUAAUUGAAAACACCACUUGUCAAAUCCCCCUCACUCUCUCCUUGAAUGUGGGCCCUCACUUCUUCCCACAAAUUGAGUGUGCCCCCCCCCCCCCCUCGUUAUCAAGUUUCACCAAUAUUUUGUUCCUUUGCUGAGCUCAAACACACAUCUGUACAUAAUUUUUAAAAUUUUCUCUUGGCAUUAGGAUUCCAUGGUUGAUGUUCAAUUUGUUUUGUCAAUUUGUUUGAGCUCUGUUAUAUCAAGUAUUAACCUUUGAACUUUGCCAAAAACUCUUGCGAUCUCACCAGUCUGGUAUAAUGUGUUGAAAUUACCAAACACGAAAUCAAGUUUAGUAUCAGGCAAUACUUGUCCAUGUUUUAAAGCAGACUUAUGGGCCCUACAGCCUGUGACACACAUUCAUGUCUACGUAAGGGGUUGCCACAGCAGGGUUUACCUGUCUACGUAAGGGGUUGCCACAGCAGGGUUUACCUGUCUACGUAAGGGGUUGCCAAGGCAGGGUUUACCUGUCUACGUAAGGGGUUGCCAUGGCAGGGUUUACCUGUCUACAUAAGGGGUUGCCACGGCAGGGUUUACCUGUUUACAAUGUGACAUCUCACUUCUAACGUGACAAUAGACAAAAACAUCACAAAAUGUGAUGUGACCUAAAAAUGACAUCCACUUAAAUCCACACUCUACUGUCUCUGAAACAAGUUAGUGACCUGCAAAAUAUCAGCCUCAAACUCUGGUCUAAAUGUCAGCAAAAAUAGAUUGGAGCAGAGUUAGUUAUUGAAAAGUUAAGCAAUAUCGUCUUGCAAGUUGGAACCCCAAACCCCAGCUCAUGACAUCUGACAACCCCUUAUCAGAACCCCAAACCCCAGGUCAUGAUAUCUGACAACCCCUUAUCAGAACCCCAAACCCCAGCUCAUGACAUCUGACAACCCCUUAUCAGAACCCCAACCCCUAGGUCAUGAUAUCUGACAACCCCUUAUCAGAACCCCAAACCCCAGCUCAUGACAUCUGACAACCCCUUAUCAGAACCCCAACCCCUAGGUCAUGAUAUCUGACAACCCCUUAUCAGAACCCCAAACCCCAGCUCAUGACAUCUGACAACCCCUUAUCAGAACCCCAAACCCUAGGUCAUGACAUCUGACAACCCCUUAUCAGAACCCCAAACCCCAGCUCAUGACAUCUGACAACCCCUUAUCAGAACCCCAACCCCUAGGUCAUGACAUCUGACAACCCCUUAUCAGAACCCCAAACCCCAGCUCAUGACAUCUGACAACCCCUUAUCAGAACCCCAACCCCUAGGUCAUGAUAUCUGACAACCCCUUAUCAGAACCCCAAACCCCAGCUCAUGACAUCUGACAACCCCUUAUCAGAACCCCAACCCCUAGGUCAUGAUAUCUGACAACCCCUUAUCAGAACCCCAAACCCCAGCUCAUGACAUCUGACAACCCCUUAUCAGAACCCCAAACCCUAGGUCAUGAUAUCUGACAACCCCUUAUGUAGCCAUAAUUUGUGUCACAUAAAUAAAUGUGUGACAUGUAGUGAAAGCUCUAGUCAUGUUGUUAUAUCACCAGGUUAUAUCACCAGGUUAUAUCACCAGGUUAUAUCACUGUAUAUGGCUGUUUUUAGUGGUGACCAUUUGUACAUUCUGAGAUAUUAUCAAUAAACUCAGUGCAAUAUUUGGUAGUGCAAUAUAUAAUUGAAAAAUCUUUUUUUGUCUUCGUUUUUAUUUUAUUUACCUUGUACUGAUAUAAAAAUUAUAAUUAUUAUUUAAAAAGUAUUUUUUUUAAGUUUUAAUUUAAUGAAUUUUAAUAAUACAUAUUACUAGUGUCACAAAUUAUAUUAUUAUAUGCCUAAUAACAUUUGCAUGAAGUAAUUUAAGUGUAGCCCAUAAACAAUGUCAUUUUUGCCAAUCUUACCCCAACAUCAUCACAAAA